AGACAGUGACGUAACGACGCCUGAAGCACGUGAUCCGGCCGUGUUUUUGACCAUGUGGAUGUGUGUUUGGUUUUUAACUGCGGUUUAGAAUGACAUUACACACCCGAUAUAAGCUUUAGGUAGCGCCGUUAUAUGGAAACUUUAAGAUGAAUAAACCUGGCUGCCGUGCUGGGAGAAGAGCGAGGAAAAAAAGACGGAAAAAGCACGAGGACGCAUACAAAGUGUCUCUGUCUCACGAAGCUCAGUUUGUUCUUUUGAGGAGAUGGCUAAAAGAAAAAGGCUUCACCUCACAGUCUCUCAUCCCUGUCAGCUUCCAUGAUACUGGAAGAGGGCUUAUGACAACUCAAGCUAUCAAGGCCAAAGACAGUGUGAUUUCCUUGCCUGAGAAAUGCUUACUGACCACCGAGACAGUUCUCAAGAGUUACAUGGGUGACUAUAUAAAAAGAUGGCAUCCUCCUGUAUCUCCUCUUCUGGCUCUUUGUUCUUUCCUGAUUGCUGAGAGACAUCAUGGAGAUGCAUCGAAGUGGAGUCCCUACAUUAAUAUCCUCCCAAAGACCUACACAUGCCCUGUGUACUUCUCUGAUGAUAUCAUUGACCUUUUGCCAAGGAGUCUCCAAAAGAAAGCCUCAGAGCAGAAAGAACAGUUUCAGGAACUCUACUGUUGUUCUUUGAUGUUUUUCCGCUCCUUCCAGCCACUCUUCACCCAGCCCACAGAGUUGUUGUUUACCCAGGAUGCACUGCGGUGGGCUUGGUGUAGCGUUAAUACACGUACGGUGUACAUGGAGCAUGAUCAGAGUAACUAUCUCUCCAGGGAGAAGGAUAUCUAUGCGCUUGCACCGUACCUGGACCUGUUGAACCACUGUCCUAAUGUACAAGUUGAAGCUGGCUUCAACAAACAAACUCGCUGUUACGAAGUUAAAAGUGUUCAAGGCAGUAAGAAGUUCCAGCAAGCGUUCAUCAAUUACGGCCCUCAUGAUAAUCACAGACUACUUCUGGAAUAUGGCUUUGUUGCCUCUGGUAACCCCCACAGUGUAGUAUAUGUUGAUUUAGGAACUCUAAAAUUAUGUCUAGAUGAAAAAGACAAACAGCUGACACAAAAGCUGCUCUACCUAAGGGACAAUGAUUUUUUAAGAAACUUAACGUUUGGGAUGGAUGGCCCUUCCUGGCGACUGAUGACUGCACUGAGACUGCUGUCCUUGAAACCUGAGCAAUAUUGUAGUUGGAAGAGUGUCCUCUUGGGGGCAGCAGUGAGCCGGGAUAGAGAAGAGUGGUGCAUUCACUCUGCCCUAAAGCUUUGUAAUAACCUCACCGAUGACAAUGUCAAGGCACUAGAGAGGCUAUCACAGCUCAAACAGGGUGCGAACCUGUCUCGCCUUGAACAACUGUGUGUGGUGGAGAGCCUGAGACAAGAGGAGCAAAGGAUUCUGGAACACACACGAGUGGUUCUUCAAAACCUCUGGGGACAAUAGUCACUGUGGUAACAGUAGGGCAUCCGGAACACUGAGGAACGAGAAGCCUCAUGCUGUCACUGCCAAGAUUUAAACACAAGCCAAGAGCCAGCAGAUAUGGUUCAGUUUUGUGUUACAGCUCUUAACCGAAUCACCUCCAAAACUGCAGGGAGUCCAAAAUACUUCACUCAGAACCGAACAUUCUGUCAUUUAAUCGCCCUUAUGACUUUUUCUUCUGUGGAACACAAAAGGAGACAUUUUGAAGAAUGUUCAUACUGCUCUUUUCUAUCAGUGUUGUUAUUAGAAAUCAGAAAUGUUGCAAUGGCCAAGUUCUACAAUUACUAAAAAUGAAAAUGUCAAAAGCACAUCAAUUAAUAAAGCUAAAAUAAAAAUGAAAACUAAAAAUAUAAAAUCUAAAUGAAUGUUCAUUGUCCCCUAUUCACUUUCACUGCAUGGAAAUGAUCAGUGUGAACAUCUCCUUUUGUGUUCCUUGAAAUAACACAGAUUUGGAACGACUUGCGGGUGAAUAAAUGAUGACAGAAUUACCUUUUUAAGGUGAAAUGUCCCUAUAUAAUACUCCACAGUGUGGGAUUUCUAAGCUUUAAUCAUUGUUUUUCUCCUAGAUUGAGAGUUUGGGACAUAUUAUGUACAGGAAGCUGAUGGGACAUUUAGGACAAUAAGAUCUUAAACACAAAUCUUCUAUUGAAAGCAAAUGAGCUACAUUACUGAUAAUCAACUGCAUACAUCUGAACAAUUAUGGCGAAUUCUAGGUCAGCAUUAUCCAGUCCUUUUCUAUUCAAAUCUGCCCAUAUUAAUAGGCAAAAGAAAUGGGAUCAGAUGGUGCUGUUAAUAAUCCAUUGGGAAUGCUUGACGAGGGAAAAUCACAUAUA